ACCGCCAGCGUGCAUCAGAGUCCAGGCCACAGAGUCUGCAGCUGCAAAAAUGUCCAUAUUGUGUCUGCAUUCACAACUACAGCUUUUAGUAACUCCAUAGCUGCACUCUGAAAGGGAAAACAUCAUAUUAGCAGUUGCUGCUAUUGCUAGCUGCAACAUAAGGAGAAGAAGCUCUAAUGUGACAGCUGACAGACUGAGAGGAAUGGCAGGAGAAAACAUGGGGUCAUAUUAGACCGGCUGUGUGUUGGAGGUUCACUUUGUGGAAAUAAUGUCGAACAUUAACAGAGAGCUGGUGGAGUUCUUUAUAAGCUACAAGCUGUCUCAGAAGAACUACCCAACCUCUCUGCUGAGGCCAGAGGAUGCUGGAGGAAGGACGGAGGGAAACAAGGCCAACUCAGCUUCCAGUAACGGCCUGCUGGUCAACAGCAGAAAUGGGGGCGGCCAGCCGGGGAUGUCAUCGCCCCCGUGUGGUGACAUAGAGGCUGUAAAGGCAGCUCUCCGGGACUCAGCCGAUGAGUUUGAACUGCUCUUCACACAAGCGUUCAGUGACCUUUCCUCGCAGGUAGACAUCACUCCUGACACAGCCUACCACAGCUUUAAGAGCGUGAUGGACGAGGUGUUCAAAGAUGGAGUCAACUGGGGGCGUGUAGUGGGCCUGUUUGCCUUUGGCGGUGUGCUGUGUUUGGAAUGCAUAGAGAAGGAUAUGAGCGAGCUGGUUUCCCGCAUCGCAGACUGGAUGACCUUGUACCUUGAUGAGCACAUCAGUGCAUGGAUCCAGAGCCAGGGAGGAUGGGACUGUUUUGCUGAGAUUUUUGGGCGAGACAGCGCUGCAGAGGCGAGCGGAUCUCAGGAGUCUCUGAGAAGAUGGCUGCUAGUCGGAGUGGCGCUGCUAAUGGGAGUGCUAGUCAGUAUGGUCAUUGCCAAGAAACAGUGAAGAAGCUGCGUCCUGCUCACCACGGCACACCCUGUGUAAUGCUACGCCAACAAAAGUAAAACUAAAUAGUUGAUGUUUACAAAAAGCCCAGUCUGCUUGUGCACUGACAGAAUGUGGAUUGGCUAAAGCAGUUUGUGAGCGCAUCCAUAAAUAUGUAGCUUGGUGAGCUGUUACACUUCUCAGCCCGCUUUAUCCUCUGUCUUUUUUUUUUUUAACACUCAGCAGAUUUUGAUAUGUUAAAGGGUGUUAUUCUCCUGACUGGAAGUGCUAUAAAUGAACCUGAUAAGCUAAGAGACAGUCGAACAGAUUCAGCUGGUUUGAUGAGACUGCAAAUUUUUUUGUUGCUUUGUGCGUUAUCCAAGGACCAAUUUUUAUUACUUACAAACUGACAGACAGAAUAUAUGUUAUACUUCCUUUUCACUGUGUAAUGCUCAGCUCCUUUUGUUGGCUGUACUGGAGUUUUAGGCAUGCUUCAAAAA